AUGCUGAACAAACGUUCGAACGGAGUGCGCGAAGCAAGGAGGACUAAGGUCGCCAAAGAGGAAUUCUCAGACUAUUGUACAGCACUCUUCGGCGCCCUCUUCCCUUUGUACUUUGCUCUCCUGACCAAUGAGUAUCCAGAGACCAAAGAGCAUCUACGAAAUAUGCUGGAGGCCAUUGGAUCAGCCACUAUCUCUAUUCAAAGUGUCCUAGACAACACCGACAGCACUGCACGCUUAGUACUGUUUAGAAAUAUGGUAUGCCACUUCAUUGUAAGCAGAUGUAGGAGUACGGGUGGCAUUGAUCAAGGCAUGUGCGAGGAUAUGACUGCCAGAAUGGAAGUUAAACUAAAUGUGCGUGCGAAAGAAACGAAUUUAGACACUCCUAUAAAGCGUGCUUAUAGACCAGAUGGUACUACGCUGACACCCAUCAGAGGUAGUAUGCAGAAGACUCCUGCAAGUGUGGCGAAAAAUAGGUUGAUGUGUGAUGAUUUUGAUCUACUAAUGGAUAUGGAUAUCAACAAUCUCGCCGAGGAUGACCGUAGUGCACAUCCCUUAGCCACAGCCACCCCAGUGCGAGAUGCACAAAAGUUAGGUUCGGACAGUGGGAUUCAUAAGUCAACACCUAAUAUUAGCCCGCCUCAAACUGGCACUAUUCUCUUUGUGGGUUCCGAUGGAGUCUCCAUGCCGCUACCACGCUUGAAACGCAAAAAUUACGACUUCUGUCUUACUACGAACGCGAAUCUAACAGAGGUGGCAGCGGACAUACGGCUGAAAAAGAUGGAGGAAGACGGGGUAGAGGUGAAGCCAUUGGUGGAUAACACUGAGGCAGAUGUCAAGCACGUGCGCUUAAAAGCUCACGAAUACAUUUCGCGAUCGUUCUUCACGGGCACGUGGUUUGAUAUCAAACCUGAUGGCGUUGAAUUUCCUCGUUAUCCCUUAGUGACAGAGGAACUAUGUCUCGACCCGUACCUCUUAUUCCGUGCUGUAUGGGAACACCAUCUGCGCGAAGGUGUGCACUUCUCCACCGCGUUGUUGCGGUGGGACUUUGGCACGCUGGCCACCAGGCAUGGCUUGGUGACUGUAGAUACCAAUGCAGAGCAUCUGAUGUUCAUGUAUUACAUGCGGUAUCUGAGACCGAUAUUCGAUUCCCUGUUUAGUCAAAAGUAAAUAAAGCCCGGCCCACAUGUCGACAAUGAGAG